UGAAGGCGGUUCGUAGUCGGAGUUCCGUUUUCUCUGUUUUCAGUCGUGUUUGCUUUGCGUAACCAAUGUGUGAUGGUAAUUGAAUUAAGCGAAUCAAACUACGCGUAAUUAGAAAAGUGUGUUUAUGCUGUAAACGAUUUAAUAAACAUUUAUCAGUGGUCAAUCCGAUACGGGAUUGAGUAGUCUUUUUUUUGUGUGUGCUAAUACGGCACAAGAGCGACGAGUGAAUAGGUGUUGUUCGUGCACGAAAGCAACGGUACUGCAAUAGAGUGGAGCCACGGCAGCGGGUGGGUGGUACCGAAUGAGAUUCGAACAUUUUUAUCAGCAUUGACAUAUCACCGCAAUCGUUGAAUUUCUACAACGGAGUGUGCACGGUUGUGAUUGACUAGAGAGGCAGCAACUACAAUCACCAAUACGUAUCCCGCCUGAAGGUUGGAAGUUGAGCUAUAAGAGAGGCCGUGUUGCAGGGUCUACGCAUUGUGAUCGACUAUUGCUGCGUGUUUAUACCGGUAACGUGCAGCCGGUGCGAUGGCUGAAGCACAUUCAGCUGUUGCAUUCUCGUUCUCAAUCACUCACGAAGGAUGGGACAUUAACUAUGAUCGCGAGGUGCUGGACCUCGUCUGGCAGUCGGGUGUGCGAUCGUGGAAGAAACGGUUGGCUCGAUUCCGGACUGGGGUACGCAACGGCGUCUAUCCGGCCCAUCUACAAAGCCUGUGGCUGGUGAUAGCGAUAGCGGUGGGGUUACAUUUUACACAACGGCACGUACCAUUCGACCUAGUGAACAAAUGGCUAUCAGUUUUACCAGGCGAUUCAUUGCAAUGGCAGCUGACGGCAUGCUCACUAGCUGGGUUAAUCGUUUGGCUAUCGAUUUGCUACACGAUGCGAUACUCACUGAAACUGUUGCUCAUGUACAAGGGAUGGAUGUACGAGAAGCGUGCCCCAGGCAGUAGAGUUUCCUUGCAGACUCGCCUAUGGGGAUUGUUCGUGAAAGUGCUUGCCACCUGGAAUAAGCCCGGUCUGUACAGCUUCCAAGGAUCGCUUCCGAGGCUACCGUUGCCAAGUGUGCAAGAUACGAUGCAGCGCUAUCUGCGCUCGGUUCGACCUCUGCUAGACGAUUCCAACUACAAUCGUAUGGAGCGACUAGCGAAAGAAUUUGAGCAAGGCAUCUCGACCAAACUGCAGCGAUAUCUGUUCCUCAAGAGCUGGUGGUCGACCAACUACGUGUCGGAUUGGUGGGAAGAGUACGUCUACCUGCGAGGCCGUGGCGCACUAAUGGUGAACAGCAACUUCUACGGUAUCGAUGCGAUCUUCAUGCACCCGACCAAGGUCCAGAGUGCUAGAGCCGCCAGUGUGGUAAACCUGUUGCUACAGUUCCGCCGCACUGUCGAACGCCAAGAGCUGGAACCGAUCCUAGUACAAGGUUUGGUGCCGCUGUGUUCGUGGCAGUAUGAACGCAUCUUCAACACCGUACGUGCCCCUGGCGUAGAGACCGAUAAGAUCAUUCACUAUCAGGACUCGAAUCACAUCGUCGUAUUGUACCGUGGCUGUUAUUACAAAGUUAUCAUCUAUCACAAUGGCCGUCUGCUGCGCCCGUGUGAACUGCAAAUUCAGAUCGAACACAUUUUGCAGCAAAGCGAAGAAAAACCACAACCAGGCGAAGAGCUGCUGGCUUCGCUGACCGCUGGAGAUCGCACCAAAUGGGCACAGAUACGGCAAACCGUGUUCGCGAAGGGAGUGAACCGCACAUCGCUGCAUACCGUCGAAAGUGCUGCAUUCGUGCUAUCUCUCGAUGAGAAACCAUUCGAGUUUGAUCUAGCUCACCCGGAAAAGUUGGACCAGUUCGGACGCUAUCUGCUACACGGUAAUGGACACGAUCGCUGGUUCGACAAAAGUUUUACCGUGUGCGUAGGAAGCAAUGGAAGGAUCGGAUUCAACGCUGAACAUACGUGGGCUGAUGCACCUGUUAUGGCACAUGUUUGGGAAAAUAUUGUCGCUGACGAGGCAACCAAUAAACGAUAUGAUGAAAAUGGCAACACAGUCGGCAUUCCUGAGUUUGAGCCUCCAACUCCCAAACGAUUGACAUGGGAUCUGAAUGAUAAAGUAGCGCUGGUCGCUAUCGACGAGGCACACAUUGCCGCUCAGAAGCUGCUGAAUGAUGUGGAUCUAAGGAUUCUGGUACAUGAUGCUUACGGCAAGGGAUUGAUGAAGACCUGCCGCCUUUCCCCGGAUGCCUUCAUACAAAUGGCGCUACAGCUGGCAUACUACAGGGACGCUGGGAAAUUCUCCCUCACCUACGAAGCAUCCAUGACCCGGCUGUUCCGCGAAGGUCGCACAGAAACAGUUCGUCCAUGCACGAUUGAAUCAGCUGCCUGGGUGAAAGCAAUGCUCGACAGCAAUGUUUCGACCGUAGAUCGUGUUCGUUUGUUGAAUGAAGCCUGCGAGCGGCAUCAGCUUGGCUACCAAGAUGCAAUGUGCGGCAAAGGUAUCGAUCGGCAUCUAUUCUGUCUGUACGUGGUGUCCAAGUAUUUGGAGAUCGAUUCACCUUUCCUGCAGGAAGUGUUGAGUGAGCCGUGGAGAUUAUCUACUAGUCAAACGCCGCACGGACAAACGGCCAAGAUGGACCUGAAGAAGCAUCCGAAUUGUAUCAGUGCGGGUGGCGGCUUUGGUCCCGUCGCAGACGAUGGGUACGGUGUGUCGUAUAUUGUGGCUGGAGAGGAUCUUAUCUUCUUCCACAUCUCGUCGAAAAGAUCGUGUGGAACAACGAGUUCCGAAAGGUUCGCGCAGGAAAUUUGUCGCGCAUUGGCUGAUAUGAAACACCUGUUUGAGGAGUACCGUAGUUUACAGAAGAAAAAUCCCUCCAACGGCACCAAGUCCGAUAAACCACAGGCAAAGUAGUGUAGUGGUAGUGCGGGAUGUAGAAGCAACAAAUACAACCCCGGUUAGCGACGACAUAUCGUGCAGUAAACAUCACCCAAUUCGUUCGUAAACUCAAUCUACUUUCUACGAAACGUGGCGGUUAGUGUUCGGUUUCAGAAACGUAACUGUGACAGAUAUACCUGAACCAUCGUUUGAUAGGCUGGAUCUUCAGGAAAUUUUGGUCGCAAAUCAUUUUAUACUUUGACCGAUAUUACACGUUACAGAUACGAAGAUAUGAUUGUCGUUUGAAGGCGUUGCUGAUAUUGUUUAAAAUACUACUAAAAUGUGACUAAAUGUGAAGUGCAAUGUUUUCUAUCAAUCAAACGCGUAAGGUGAAAGAGAAAGGAGGAAAAAUGCAGCAAUACCCAUCGAUUAUGAAACGUUCGUCAUCUUACCCCUAUUCAAAGUAGAGUGCGUAAACCACUACUAAUGCACAUCACGACGGUGCGCCGCAGACGGAACGAACGAUAUUAGUGUAAGAGUGAUCCAUGCGAUCAUACUGAACUGCUAGCUGAUGCAAUCAUCAAUGCAAUUGAAAGACAUGCAACAUCCAAUAUAAAAUACAAAACUACGAAGGACGCGUGGCAGGAAAUGAAAAUGCUAGGAAAUGCUAGGAACGAUUGUUUAUCUGUUUAUUUGUUUUUUUUUCGUAUUAGUUUUCGUUAAUGGUAGUGACCAAUGUUUUUUUUUUUUUUGUAGAUAAUACUAGAUAGAUGAGAUGAGAACACGCAGAAGUAACUGAUGUUAAUCUAUAUAUAAAGCAAAUGAGUGUAUGCGAAAUUUUAGUGUGUAUGGGCAGUAAUAUUCAGGAAAAAAACUGGUGGUCUUUAAUCACUAAAACAAACAUCUGAAGCUAGCCACUUUUUAAGCUGUUUACAACCUAGGAUAAAACCAUAUUUUGGAAAUAAAUACACAUGCAUCAACGAUA